AUAAAAUGUUGGUCCAAAUACUCUUCACUUUCUGCAUAAUGAUGACAACAAUUCAAACUAUUAUAGACUUGCGAGAAGCGAAGAAUCGAACUUUUAAUCAGUUUGUUGUCGACCCAAAUGAGCGGACAACGAACGAGUGUCUAUUGGAGGACCCAUUACAACGAGCACUACACAUAUUUCUCGAUACCUGCCCUACAUUUUACGACUCAAUUUGUGACGAUCCUCUUUUCAAUCAAUAUAACGAAUUUGAGUUCAGAUGCCGUUAUCCACUAAAAUCCAAGUCGGUGGUGUCGAUGAAUUCAUCAAGCUUUUUGGAAUUAACGAAUCUACGAGAUACAUACGGAAGAGAUUGGUGUAUGAUUGUAAUGUUUCAUUCUCCUAGUUGUCCGUUCUCGGCCCGUCUGGCUCCAUAUUUCAACGAAAUCGCCGGAAGUUAUACGAAUAUUCUACCAGUCGCCAUUGACGCUUCAGAUUUCACAAAAUCUCAUCGACUGAACUUCCGAUAUGGAGUCUCCGGUACCCCAACUAUCCUUUUAUGGGUGAAUGGAAUGAGUGUUGCUCGGAUGUCAAACAAGAAAUUAGAUUUGGAAAGUAUCAAAGCGUUGAUUGCAACACACACUGAUUUGGUUGAAAAUAAAAAUGGAAAAAAUAAUCAGUCAUUUAUUCCUGUAAAGUUGGAAAAUGUCGGCUAUGAAGUGAAAGACGUUGCUACUGAAAUAACGGAAAAUCGAUUAGUGAAUGGUUUGUACAUAUUUGCAUGUCUACUUGUCUGUCUUGCUACAUUUAUCUAUCACGUUCGUGAGCGAAUUCUGCUCAGUGCUCCAGUUCUGCAAUGGUUUCAAUCCAAAUGUGGUGGUCCAUUAUGCGAAGAUAUUUACUUUCUCUUUUAUGUGGCAGCACCACGAAAUCGACAUCCACCUCCAGCUCCCCAAGCUCCUCCAGAAGCGGCUGAACUACCACCUCUAGUAAUUGAGGAUGAAUAGAGCAAUGCAGAUUUAAACAAUUCAUGUUUAGCAUAUCAUUUUUCUCAGUUUUCUUGAUGUUCUUUCAACCAAACGGGUCGAAUAAAUUAUAAUAUUUU